AACCGAGACACAGAACCCCUUAACACGGGGAAAAAAAAAACAUCAGCGGAGGCAAAAUCUAAUACUGUUCUGGCUCAAAAAUCAGAAGAGAAUCGAGUCUGUUUGUCGUAAUUAUACAGUAGAGAGAACAAAUGGAGUCAGUGUUUGGAUUGGUGGGCAAGGAUUUCGCGAUAGUGGUGGCGGACACAUCGGCCGUCCACAGCAUCCUCGUGCACAAGACUAACGAGGAUAAGAUCAUGGUGCUAGAUUCUCACAAGCUCAUGGGGGCAUCUGGAGAGACCGGCGACAGGGCUCAGUUUACGGAGUACAUACAGAAGAAUGUGGCCUUGUACCAAUUUCGUAAUGGCAUUCCUUUGACGACUGCCGCUGCUGCAAACUUUACCAGAGGCGAGCUUGCCACAGCCUUGCGAAAGAAUCCGUACAUGGUGAAUAUCAUUCUGGCCGGAUAUGAUAAGGAGACAGGCCCUUCUCUCUACUACAUUGAUUAUAUUGCAUCCCUUCACAAGCUUGAUAAAGCAGCAUUUGGUUAUGGAUCCUACUUUGCCCUCUCCAUGAUGGAUAGGCACUACCGCCGGAACAUGACAGUUGAUGAGGCCAUUGAGUUGGUCGACAAGUGCAUAAUGGAAAUAAGGACUAGGCUGGUCAUAGCCCCUCCAAACUUUGUAAUCAAAAUUGUUGAUAAGGACGGGGCAAGAGAAUUCGCCUGGCGCGAGUCUAUCAAGGAUGCCCCUGUUCCUACCUUGGCCUGAGGCUUUUCACUUGUUUAUGAAACUUUGAACUCAUUGCUGCUGAAAAUUGCAAGACUGUUUACAUCUCCAUAUACUGGAAAUGCUUUGUUCUUAAAUUUGUAACACUCCAGAAUUCUUGCAGUUUGAGGAAAUUUAUGCGCCCUUAAUAUGAACUAUGGAUGUGAGAUUUCCUCCUUGCUGACAGUAUGUUUUUCAUGUAGGUCAUGAGUUUAUGUGAACUUAAACGGGUUGUUGCAUUUCCAGUGUUUGUGCGUUAAUUGAAUAUUCUUGUUGA